AUGUGUCCCCUGAGAGACGGCUGCUGCCACCUGCACCGCCGCUGGCUUGUGGACGACCGCUGUGUGGUGCAACCCGACACUGGAGACCUCAACAACCCACCCAAGAAAUUCAGAGACUGCCUUUUCAAACUGUGUCCUAUGAACAGAUACUCGGCACAGAAACAGUUCUGGAAAGCGGCGAAACCCGGAGGAAACAGCACCACCGACACACUCCUCCUCACCAAACUCCACCAUGCUGCUGACCUGGAGAAGAAGCAGAAUGAGUCUGAAAACCGCAAGCUGCUGGGAUCAGUCAUCCAGUAUGGAAAUGUCAUUCAGUUGCUGCAUUUGAAAAGCAACAAAUACCUGACAGUGAACAAGCGCCUACCUGCACUGCUGGAGAAGAAUGCCAUGAGGGUGACUCUGGACUCGGCGGGAAAUGAGGGAUCCUGGUUCUACAUCCAGCCUUUCUACAAGCUGCGGUCCCUGGGAGACAGUGUGGUGAUUGGAGAUAAAGUAGUCCUUAACCCUGUGAAUGCGGGUCAGCCUCUUCAUGCCAGCAGCCACCAGCUAGUGGACAACACAGGAUGCAAUGAGGUCAAUUCUGUCAAUUGCAACACGAGUUGGAAAGUUACUCUGUUCAUGAAAUGGAGUGACAACAAGGAGACAAUACUUAAAGGGGGCGAUGUAGUGCGGUUGUUCCACGCAGAGCAGGAGAAGUUCCUCACUUGUGACGACCACAGGAAGAGCCAGCAUGUUUUCCUCAGAACAACCGGCCGUCAGUCUGCCACCUCUGCCACCAGCAGCAAAGCAUUGUGGGAAGUGGAGGUGGUCCACCAUGACCCCUGCAGGGGGGGCGCUGGCUACUGGAACAGCCUGUUCAGGUUCAAGCACCUUGCCACAGGGUGCUAUAUGGCUGCGGAGAUGGGAGAGGUGAAUCAGGACUUUGAGGAGGAGAGUGCCGAGCAGCGUUCCUCAGUGGUGGACUUUUCACCCUUUAAUUUCCAGCUGGAUGCGGACAAUGAAGCUUUACGGGGUCGUCUGCGAGCUCCACAGGAGAAGAUCAUGUACACUUUGGUUCCAGUUCCCGACGGCAUGGACAUCUCCUCCAUCUUUGAGCUGGACCCCACCACUCUGAGAGGAGGGGACUCCAUGGUGCCCAGGAGCUCCUAUGUGAGGCUGAGACACCUGUGCACCAACACGUGGGUCCACAGCACCAACAACCCCAUCGACAAAGAGGAGGAGAAGCCUGUUAUGUUACGAAUUGGAACCUCAGCAGUGAAAGAAGACAAGGAGGCUUUUGCCAUCGUACCGGUGCCGCCAGCUGAAGUGCGUGAUUUAGACUUUGCCAAUGAUGCGAGUAAAGUGUUGGCCUCCAUUGCUGGGAAGCUUGAAAGGGGCACCAUUACACAGAAUGAGAGAAGGUUUGUGACCAAGCUCCUGGAGGAUCUAGUUUUCUUCGUGGUGGACAUCCCCAACAGUGGGCAGGAUGUUUUGGAGAUCAUGGUUAACAAACCCAACAGAGAGAGACAGAAACUCAUGAGAGAGCAGAACAUCCUGAAGCAGAUUUUCAAACUCCUCCAAGCCCCUUUCACAGACAGUGGCGACGGUCCCAUGCUGCGGCUGGAGGAGCUCGGAGACCAACGUCACGCUCCGUUCAGACACAUUUGCAGGCUCUGCUACCGAGUGUUACGCCAUUCCCAGCAGGAUUACAGGAAGAACCAGGAAUACAUAGCCAAACAAUUCCGCUUCAUGCAGAAACAGAUAGGAUACGAUGUGCUGGCAGAAGACACCAUCACAGCUCUGCUCCACAACAACAGGAAGCUGCUGGAGAAACACAUCACUGCUGCCGAGAUAGACACCUUUGUGACUCUAGUGAGGAAGAACCGGGAGCCGAGGUUUCUGGACUACCUCUCAGAUCUCUGCGUGUCCAUGCAGAAGUCCAUCCCUGUGACACAGGAGCUCAUCUGCACCGCUGUGCUGGACCCCUCCAAUGCUGACAUCCUCAUCGAAACAAAGUUGGUUCUGUCGAGGUUUGAGAUCGAGCCGGUGGUAAAUGGAGAUAGUCCGUUGGAGGCCGAGGAUGAGGAGGAGGUCUGGCUGUUCUGGAAAGACAACUGUAAGGAGAUCCGGAGUAAGAGCGUCAGGGAGUUAGCUCAGGAUGCUAAGGAGGGCCAGAAGGACGACCAGGAGGUGGUCAGCUACUACAGGUGCCAGCUGAACCUCUUCGCCCGGAUGUGUCUGGACCGUCAGUACCUGGCCAUCAACAAGAUCUCGGGUCAGCUGGAUGUGGAUCUGAUCCUGCGCUGCAUGUCGGAUGAGGAUCUUCCCUUCGACCUGCGGGCGUCCUUCUGCCGCCUCAUGCUGCACAUGCAUGUGGACCGAGACCCUCAGGAGCAGGUCACGCCUGUCAAAUACGCCCGUCUGUGGUCGGAGAUCCCCUCUCAGAUUGCUAUUGACGACUACGACAACGAUGGGACCACCAGGGAUGAGAUCAAAGAGCGCUUCUGCCUCACUAUGGAUUUUGUGGAGAACUACUUGAGGGAGGUGGUGUCACAGAACAUCCCGUUCGCCGACAGGGAGAAGAACAAGCUAACCUUUGAGGUAGUGAACCUGGCGAGGAACCUCAUAUAUUUCGGUUUCUACAACUUCAGCGACCUGCUCCGACUGACCAAGAUCUUACUGAACAUUUUAGACUGCGUUCAUGUCAACACCAUUUACCCCAUCAACAAGAUGGAGAAGGGAGAGGAAAACAAAGCUGGCAGUAAUGUGAUGAAGUCCAUCCAUGGAGUCGGGGAGCUGAUGACUCAGGUGGUGUUGCGAGGAGGCGGCUUGUUGCCCGCAACGCCAGCUCAUCAGCCGGAGGGAGACGUGGUGAAACCUCAGGUGGAACCAGAGAGAGAGGACAUCAUGGUCAUGGACACCAAGCUCAAAGUCAUCGAGAUUCUGCAGUUCAUUUUGAAUGAACGGCUAGACUACAGGAUCUCCUGCCUGCUGUGUAUAUUCAAACGUGAAUUUGAUGAGAACAACCCACAAGACGCCUCCAAUAAUGUCACAGGUCAGAUGCCAGGAAAUUUUGACUUUGAGAACAUUGAAGAACAGGCCGAGGGGAUUUUCGGCGGAAGUGAGGAGAACACUCCACUAGACCUGGAUGACCACGGAGGUCGUACGUUCCUGAGGGUCCUGCUGCACCUGACCAUGCACGAUUACCCUCCUCUGGUGUCUGGAGCUCUCCACCUGCUCUUCAGACACUUCAGCCAGAGGCAGGAGGUGCUCAUGGCCUUCAAACAAGUCCAGCUGCUGGUGACCAGUCAGGAUGUGGAUAACUACAAGCAGAUCAAGUCCGAUCUGGACCAGCUGCGCUCCAUCGUAGAGAAGUCCGAGCUGUGGGUUUAUAAGAGACAGGGAGAAGACGGGAUGGACGGAGACGGACCCUCAGAGUCUGACAACAAAAAGAAGGGAGACUCCCCUGGUUCAGACAAGAAGAGCUCAGAAAGCACCAGCAGUUACAACUACAGGGUUGUAAAGGAGAUUCUGCUGCGUCUCAGUAAGCUGUGUGUCCAGGAGGGCAGCUCAGGGAAGAAGAGCAGGAAGCAGCAGCAGAGGCUUCUGAGGAACAUGGGAACUCACAGUGUCGUGCUGGAGCUCCUGCAGAUCCCCUAUGAGAAGGGGGAGGACGUCAGAAUGGAGGAGAUCAUGAAACUGGCUCAUGAGUUCCUGCAGAAUUUCUGUGCAGGAAAUCAGCAGAAUCAAAUUCUUAUGCACAAACACAUCAACUUGUUUCUCAACCCAGGGAUUCUCGAGGCCAUCACCAUGCAGCACAUCUUCAUGAAUAACUUCCAGCUGUGCAGUGAGAUCAACGAGCGAGUGGUGCAGCACUUUGUCCACUGCACCGAGACGCACGGGCGACACGUACAAUAUCUCAAGUUCCUGCAGACCAUCGUAAAGGCCGAGAACAAGUUCAUCAAGAAGUGUCAGGACAUCGUGAUGGCCGAACUGGUGAACUCGGGCGAGGACGUCCUGGUGUUCUACAACGACCGGGCCUCCUUCCAGACCCUGGUCCAGAUGAUGCGUUCAGAGCGGGACCGCAUGGAUGAAAACAGCCACCUGAUGUACCACAUCCACCUGGUGGAGCUGCUGGCCGUCUGCACGGAGGGCAAGAACGUCUACACCGAGAUCAAGUGCAACUCCCUGCUGCCCCUGGAUGAUAUCGUUCGGGUGGUCACACAUGAAGACUGUAUCCCUGAGGUGAAGAUUGCCUACAUCAACUUCCUGAACCACUGCUAUGUGGACACAGAGGUGGAGAUGAAGGAGAUUUACACCUCCAACCAUAUGUGGAAGCUGUUUGAGAACUUCCUGGUGGACAUCUGUCGGGUGUGCAACAACACCAGCGACAGGAAGCAUGCAGAUACCAUCCUGGAGCGUUACGUAACGGAGACAGUCAUGAGCAUCGUCACAUGUUUCUUUAGCUCCCCUUUCUCUGACCAGAGCACCAGCCUGCAGACCCGUCAGCCGGUAUUUGUGCAACUUCUCCAAGGAGUAUUCAGGGUGUACCACUGUAACUGGCUUAACCCUGUGCAGAAGGCCUCAGUGGAGGCUUGCAUUAAAGUUCUCUCAGACGUUGCUAAAAGCAGAACCAUUGCCAUCCCUGUGGACUUGGACAGUCAGGUGAACAACUUGUUCGUCAAGUCCAAUAAUGUCGUGCAGAAGAGCAUCCUCAGCUGGAGACUUUCUACUAAGAACACAACGAGACGAGACUCGGGCCUGACCUCCUCCAAAGACUACAGAAACAUCAUUGAGAGGCUACAGGACAUCGUGUCAGCGCUGGAGGACAGACUGAGGCCUCUGGUGCAGGCCGAGCUCUCUGUGCUGGUGGACGUCCUCCAUCGUCCUGAGCUGCUCUUCCCCGAGAACACAGAAGCUCGCAAGAAAUGUGAAAGUGGAGGAUUCAUAUCGAAGCUGAUCAAACACACCAAGCAGCUGCUGGAGGAGAACGAGGAGCGCCUGUGCAUCAAAGUGCUGCAGACACUGAGGGAAAUGAUGACGAAAGACCGGGGCUAUGGGGAAAAGCUGAUUGCCUUUGAUGAUGAGAUGGAUGUGGCCGAGCUGGCACCUCCACCCGAGCCUGAAGUCCCUGCCGAGGUGUGUUAAAGACCCCUACUAGCUUGUUGACUGCUAAUAUGGGUCCCAUAUGUACUUCAUCCCAUUACCCCCAUGUUCAGUGUUACAUGUAGCGCAUGUUGUACUUUCAGAAAAUCCUUAUUAGUGAAACCAGUGGCCUUUUAGGACCUGCAGUAAGAUUUCUGAGCACACUUGGGUACUGGCCAAAACACUGAUGUGACAUUACAUCAUAAUCCUUUAUUGAGAAUAUUAUUUUUGUUCGUAA